GAGGGGCACAGGUAGCAGAACUUGUGUAGGAAGGUGCUAACCUAAAUUGUCCAAUUUCUACCAAUAUGGAAAGCUUUCGUGUCUAUUUUGCUCUAGGACUUAUGAGUCUUUCGCUCGGACAUGUUGUUGAGGGAGCAGUGAACACGGGGACCAUCUACUUCCGUUGUUACAGGGGUCACUCGUUUAACGAUGUUAACAUCAAUCAAAUAGCCAAUCUGAUUCCUGAAUUAAAUUUGCGUGAGGAGACAGUGUUUCACAUUCAUGGCUACACAGAGAACGUGGAACAUGAAAGUGUCACAUUAAUAGUACAAGCUUAUCUCAAUUAUACGACGAAGAACAUAAUCGCAAUCGACUACAGACAAAUCGCAGACAACAGAAAUUAUAUCAUCGACGUGGAGCGUGUCAAGACUGUUGCUAGUGCUAUUGGCAAUUCUCUGAAUACACUGGUAGCGAGUGGCUUGAAUCCCCAUAAUAUUCACUUAAUUGGACAUUCCUUAGGUGGUCAAGUUGCUGCAUCUGUAGGGUUGUAUACAAACUUCGAGGUUCCCAGAAUAACAGGUUUGGAUCCCGCUGGUCCUUUGUACUACACUGGGAGCUACUUACGGGCAAGCGAUGCUGCGUUUGUCGUCAUUAUACAUACUGAUGAAGGUCUCCUCGGCCAAAUUCAGCACAGUGGCGACGUGGAUUUCCUUCCUAACGGAGGACACAGGCCACAGCCUGGUUGUGCUCUUGUGCCUCUCACAAAAGGCUCGGAGAUAAACUGCAAUCAUCGUAGAUCCUGGCGAUAUUAUGCAGAAUCGGUCGGCAAUCCUCGUGGAUUUUUGGCUGACCGAUGCAAUGGUGGUGGCCUAUUUCAUGAGAAAAAAUGUGACCGAUCAGAUGUUAUCCCUAUGGGAUACGCUACGCCAUCUAAUGCCAGGGGCACGUACUAUCUGAAAACAAAUUCAAAAUUCCCAUUCGCCUUAGGAUUGAAGGGUCUAUUGUAACUCCUACGUUAUUAAGUGUAUACUGAAUUUUCUAACAGGUGUCGCUACUUUACAACUUGUAUUUCGAACAAUAAAGUGAGCAACUAAACUAAAGGUAUUUGACUCGUUGAAAUACUGUAGAAACGUUGUAGGAUAAGAUAAAAAUAUUUGCGUGAAAA